CGGCAGCAUUCAUCAAGCUGGUCCACCGUCCACCCCAAGGGCAUCGUGGAGCGGCUCACCCGCCCGACCCGGGCCUCCGAGGUCCUGAAGCGGUACCCGCGCCACUGCGUGACCCGACCCGACGUUUUCUUGAACCCCUGGAUCGCGGUCCACCCGGACUCCCUCCUCAAGCUCGGCUGCGUCUUCUACGUCAUCCCUUACCUCACCAUCGACCGCUUACUCAAGCAGCACUCGCCAAAUCUCGCGGCGACACUCUUCUUCUUUCAUCGACCGGCCCCGGCAAAGGGGAUCUACGGAUUGUUCCACGGAGAUGAUCGGUUUCGAUCGGCUCGUCAAGCACAGAUCCGAGAGAUUGAAGGUCGAUUGCCGGAGAUCAUCGGCGCCGAUUCGCCUCAGAUCUGGCGCCCGGCAACGGCGUUGAGCUACUACAAGAAGGAUGCCGAGUCGAGCGAGCCGGUGGAGAGCCGUGGCGAUUCGUCCUUCUCGAUCAACAUCGAUUUGUUCAGCGGUGGCGUUCACCGGCGGCACCGACGAGUCAGCGGCGGAGGCGGGUGUGGUGCUGAGCUGGAUUGUUCUUCUUUUUCUUCUUCUUCGGGAUCGAAAAAGCUGAAGCCGUGUCUGCGGAAGAGCAGUAGUCGCAGUGGGUCGAGAGGGCUGGAUAUUACCACCCUCAAGCAGCUCCUGCUUGCUUACAAAUUACAAUCCCUAUACCUGUCGAGAUGA